AUGUUGCUGCGCCAGUCCGGACGAUGUACCAUACGAACUGCCUCUCUCUGCCUUGACGCGCAGUCCAGCACAAGGACUGCUCUCCCUCGACAUGCCUUCGCACGAACCUUCCAUUCCUCGAGACCGAACUACGUGAUAGCAGAGGCAUUGCAGCUUUCGCACAGUGUGUUCCAAGAGAUCCAUACUCUGAGCGGCCUCCCUUGGUGUCUUUCGAUUCCCCUGACCGCAUCGCUUUUCCGACUUGCUUGGAUUCCAGUCCAGAUAAUAUCUACUAUCAGCCUGAAACGGAGACAGAUUGAGGGACCUCUACUGAAAGGAUGGCGCAAGGCAUACCAAGACAUUGCCGUCGUCAAGUACAGGGACCAGACGCAGCAGAGUGCAGAAAAGGCCGAAGCGUGGGUGAGCAAACAGUUGCAAGCCCGACGGAGGGCUAUACGAAAGCACAGCAACUAUCUAAGCCCCCUUUCGAUCUUUGGGCUCCAGCUAUCCUUCUUCCCAGUCUGGAUUCUGAACGCAGAUGUCAUCAGGCGGAUGGCAGGCGAUAAUAGAACAUUGCUCUCUCUGUUGAUCAGUACAGACCACAACAAAGUGGAUACAACUUUAGUCCCGGCAGAACCAGGAUUGCAGGCUGAAAACCUCUGGUGGAUUCCAGACCUGGUCUCUCCCGAUCAUCUCUGGAUCCUGCCGCUGACGUUUGGGGCUCUCUCAGUGGCGAGUGCAUGGACGGCUGCGGGCAAAGGGAUGGCGAAACAGCAGAUCAAGAUAUCAACCAUGGAACCCGGCGUGGCAAGACAAAGAGAGAUUUUCUUCUUGUCGGUGUCUCAAUUUGUCGUUGCAGCAUCAUUUCUCUUCCCGGUUUUCAUCAUUCGAUCCGAGACAGCUACUGCUGUUGUUCUGUAUCUGAUUGGAAGUGUGGGAACACAGCUGAUUCAACGACCCGUGGUCAGCUACCUUCUCGGCGACCCAAAGAAGUCUGCCAUUGAGCCUCUGGAACGCAAAGCGCCCAAACUCAAAGGAUUGAGGGAAGCGCGUUGA